GAGAACUUUGCUGAAUCUUAACCUAGGACUAAGCUGUCAAGUAUUAAAAAGUAAUCACAAAAAAAAACAUGGCUUUGGUGAACAUAUUAAUAGUUUUGGCUUGUUGUUGGUUGGUCGCGGUUGAAGCAGGCCUUGAGGAGGACUAUCUAAAGGAGCACAAUCGGUUGAGAAAGUUACACGGGACUCCGCCUCUCGUUUUGGACGCUGAUCUUUCAAAAGGAUGCGAAGAAUACGCAAAAGAGUUAGCUAAAACUCAAAAUAUGGUCCAUUCAAGUGGUGGAGGCGCGAAGUAUGGUGAAAACUUGUGCAUGCGGUCACACAAAGCGUUGAUCUGUGUUCAGGAUUGGUACGAUGAAAUCAAACUCUACGACUUUGACAAUCCAGGGUUCUCCAUGGAAACUGGCCAUUUUACUGCUUUAGUUUGGAAGGGUGCGAAAAAACUAGGUAUCGGCCAGGCUACAGAUAAGAAAGGGUACUUUUGGGUAGUCGGAAGAUAUUAUCCACCAACGAAUGUUAAUGGGCUGUUCAAAGAACAUGUUCCGAAGCCGAUCAAGGAUGCUGGUCAUGGUUCUGGUUCUGGUAAAGACGAUGACGAGGACAGCUCUAGCAUGGUACGAGCUAACACCAUUCUCCUCUUGAUUGCCUUGUGCCUCCACUUCACGAAUUAAGGCAAAUUUUGUGCAUUCCUCGUGCCUAGCCCAGUUGUAAAUUUCUAGUUCACCAAUUCAAAAAACAAUUUUUUUAUUUAGCUUUAAAUUACUAUCUGUACGAAAUAAUAAAUUAUAACUUUUG